AUGAGGUCCAGCAUCUCUUUCCUUCUCUGCCUGUUGCUGGUGUCACAUGGUUCGACUGCAGUCAUUACAGGGGCAUGUGAGAAAGACUCACAAUGUGGAGGAGGCAUGUGUUGUGCAGUCAGCCUGUGGAUCCGGAGCCUGCGAAUGUGUAUUCCGAUGGGUCAGAAGGGAGAGGAGUGUCAUCCAAUGAGCCACAAGGUGCCGUUCUUUGGCAAGAGACUCCAUCAUACAUGCCCUUGUCUGCCCAACCUAUCCUGCAUCACCAUAACUGAUGGCAAAUCUGAAUGUCUCCCACCAUUUCCAUUCCAGGAUCAUUACCUCUGA